UUUGUGAGGCCGUAAAGCAGCAGGACGCGAAGAAGAGGGACACACCCUCCGCCACUGCCGUACCCACAGCUGCCCAGCCUCACCUGGUGGAGAUCUGCAAGCCUGUAAGCCCUGAAACUGAAGACGCAGACAUGAAGAAGAAGAUUGUAGUGGUGGAGGAGAUAGUGGAGGUGAAGCAGCUUAUUACUCCUGAAGCGGCUGAGGGGCAGCUGCCUCCACCACCUGUGCAACCUGAGGAGGAAGAGGAGGAACUGGACUUGGAUGUUCUGGAAGAACUCGCCAUAGAGCGGGCACUUUUAUCCGGGGCUGCAGGAACAUCACCCGAGGAGUGGGAUCACUCGCUUGUGGAACCUGAGGAGAAGACAUGGCCAAACUUCAUUGAAGAUGAACGGGAUCGAGUACAGAAGAAGACCUUUACGAAAUGGGUGAACAAGCAUCUGAUAAAGUCGCAUCAUCAUGUCUCAGACCUCUACGAAGACCUGAGAGAUGGACACAACCUGAUCUCCCUGUUGGAGGUCCUCUCUGGGGAAACACUGCCCAGAGAGAAAGGCCGCAUGAGAUUCCAUAAACUGCAGAAUGUGCAGAUCGCGCUUGACUUCCUCAAACACCGCCAGGUCAAGCUGGUGAACAUCAGAAAUGAUGACAUAGCAGAUGGAAACCCCAAGCUGACGCUGGGGUUAAUAUGGACCAUCAUCCUCCACUUCCAGAUCUCAGAUAUUCAGGUGAACGGUCAGUCAGAAGACAUGACAGCCAAAGAAAAGCUUCUUCUUUGGUCCCAGAGGAUGACCGAUGGCUACCAGGGCAUCCACUGCGAGAACUUCACCACCAGCUGGAGGGAUGGCAAGCUCUUCAACGCCGUCAUACACAAGCACUACCCCAGACUCAUCGACAUGGGGCGAGUGUACCGACAGUCCAACCAGGAGAACCUGGAACAGGCUUUCAGUGUAGCUGAGAAAGACUUGGGAGUGACACGUCUCCUGGACCCUGAGGAUGUUGAUGUUCCUCACCCUGAUGAGAAGUCCAUCAUCACAUAUGUGUCAUCUUUGUAUGAUGUCAUGCCUCGUAUGGACGUCCAUGACGGAGUCAGAACUAAUGAUCUGGAGCUGCGCUGGCAGGAGUACUACGAGCGGGUGACCGUUCUGCUCCAGUGGAUCCGCCAUCAUGUCAUGAUCUUUGAAGAGAGGAAAUUCCCCGCCAGCUAUGAGGAGAUCGAGAUUCUGUGGCGGCAGUUCCUGAAGUUUAAAGAGACCGAGCUACCAGUGAAAGAAUCCGACAAGAACCACACCAAACCCAUCUACCAGUCUUUUGAGAGCGCAGUGCACGCUGGCCAAGUUAAAGUUCCGCCGGGGUACCAUCCCAUUGAUGUGGAGAAAGAAUGGGGUCGACUCCACGUGGCCAUUUUGGAGAGAGAGCGGCUUCUCAGGAUAGAGUUUGAGAGACUGGAGAGGCUCCAGAGGAUUGUCAGUAAGGUCCAGAUGGAGUCUGGGGUAUGUGAUGAGGAGCUCAAUCAUCUGGAGACUCUGCUUCAGACGGACAUCCGUCUGUUGAAUGCGGGGAAACCAGCUCAACACACAGCAGAAGUGUCGAGAGAACUGGACAAAGCAGAUGGCGUGAUUCGCAUGCUCUUCAACGAUGUACAGGUCCUCAAGGACGGGCGCCACCCUCAGGCUGACCCGAUGUAUCGCAGGAUUUACCACCUGCACGAGCGCCUGGUGAACUUGCGCAGUGAUUACAACUUGCGUCUGAAGUCUGCUCCUUUGAGUCCCACUCGUGUUACCAUGACCCAGACCUCCCAGCAGUCCUCCAUGAAGGUGCGGCCCGAGUUGGAUGACGUGACCCUGCGGUAUGUCCAAGACCUGCUGGCCUGGGUGGAGGAGAACCAGCAUCGUAUCGAUGAAGCAGAGUGGGGCUCUGACCUGCCCUCUGUGGAGUCCCACCUAGGCAGCCAUAGAGGCCUGCACCAGACAGUGGAAGACUUUCGAUCCAAGAUCGAGCGUGCCAAAGCUGAUGAGAGCCAACUUUCACCUGUCAGCAGAGCCACGUACAGAGAAUACCUGGGUAAACUGGAUCUUCAGUAUGGCAAACUACUGAACUCUUCCAAGUCCCGCUUAAGGAACUUGGAUUCCCUCCAUGCCUUCGUCAGCGCUGCCACUAAAGAACUGAUGUGGCUCAAUGAAAAAGAAGAGGAGGAGGUCAACUUUGACUGGAGUGACAGAAACCCCAACAUGACUGCUAAGAAAGACAACUACUCGGGUCUUAUGCGAGAACUGGAACUGAGGGAGAAGAAGGUGAAUGACAUCCAGGCCAUGGGGGACAAACUGGUCAGGGAUGGACAUCCCGGCAAGAAAACGGUUGAGGCCUUCACAGCUGCCCUGCAGACUCAGUGGAGCUGGAUCCUCCAGCUGUGCUGCUGCAUCGAGGCUCAUCUCAAAGAAAACACAGCCUACUACCAGUUCUUCAAUGACGUGAAAGAGGCUCAGGAGAAAAUGAAGAAGAUCCAAGAAAACAUGAAAAAGAAAUACAGCUGCGAUCGCUCCACCACAGCCACGCGGCUGGAGGAUCUGCUGCAGGACGCCGUGGAUGAGAAAGAACAACUGAAUGAAUAUAAGAGUCUUGUGACCAGUUUAAACAAGCGAGCUCGAUCCAUCAUCCAGCUGAAACCACGCAACCCCACGACCCCACUCAAAGGCAAACUGCCCAUUCAGGCUGUUUGUGACUUCAAACAGGCGGAGAUCACUGUCCACAAAGGAGAUGAGUGUGCGCUCCUCAACAACUCCCAACCCUUCAACUGGAAGGUUCUGAACCAGUCUGGAGAUGAGGCGGUGGUGCCGUCUGUCUGCUUUAUUGUGCCUCCAGUCAACAAGGAGGCCACAGACAGUGUGUCCAGUCUGGAUGCAGGUCAUCAGCAGAUGGUGACCAUAUGGCAGAGGCUGCAUAUAGAUAUGAAGAGCUUGCUGUCGUGGCAGUGCCUGAUGAGAGACUUCACACAAAUACGCUCCUGGAACAUCACCACGCUGAAGACCAUGAAGCCAGAGGAGUAUCGUUUGCUGAUGAGAAACCUGGAGCUCCACUACCAGGACUUCAUGCGUGACAGUCAGGACUCGGAGCUCUUCGGCCCUGCUGACCGCAUGCAGGUGGAGGAGGAUUUCACCACGUCUACCCAGCAUUUUGACACCCUGCUUCGCUCCAUGGAGAAAGGUCAACAGGAUGAGACGCAGUGUAAGACGUACAUCUCUGAGCUCAAAGACCUUCGUCUGCACAUCGAAGACUGUGAGGCUCGCACCGUCGCUCGCAUCCGCAAACCUGUGGAACGGGAACCUUUGAAAGAGUGUAUUCAGAAGACGACAGACCAGAAGAAAGUCCACAUCGAGCUCGAGGGUCUUAAGAAGGACCUGGACAAGGUCUCUGCAAAGGCCGAAGAGGUGUUGGCCUCAUCUCAGCAGUCUGCCUCUGCUCCUGUCCUGCGGUCAGAGCUGGACCUCACUGUGCAGAAGAUGGAUCAUGCUCACAUGCUGUCUGCAGUUUAUCUCGAAAAGCUGAAGACUGUAGAAAUGGUCAUUCGUAACACACAGGGUGCUGAGGGAGUCCUCAAGCAGUAUGAGGACUGUCUGCGGGAAGUCCACACUGUUCCGAGUGAUGUCAAGGAAGUGGAAAGUUACCGAGCCAAACUAAAGAAAAUGCGAGCAGAAGCUGAGGGUGAACAGCCGGUGUUCGAUUCCCUGCAAGAAGAGCUACAGAAAGCCUCUGCAGUGAGCAACAAGAUGUCCCGCGUGCACAGCGAGCGUGAUGUUGAACUGGACCACUAUCGCCAGCUCCUGUCUAGUCUCCAGGAUCGGUGGAAGGCGGUUUUCACCCAGAUCGACCUUCGCCAAAGAGAGCUGGAGCAACUUGGCCGUCAGCUUGGCUACUAUCGUGACAGUUAUGAUUGGUUGAUCCGUUGGAUUGCUGAUGCCAAGCAAAGGCAGGAAAAGAUCCAGGCUGUGCCCAUUACUGACAGCAAAACUUUGAAAGAGCAACUCGCGCAGGAGAAGAAACUUCUGGAGGAGAUUGAGAACAACAAGGAUAGCGUGGACGAGUGUCAAAACUAUGCAAAAGCAUACAUUGAUACGAUCAAGGACUAUGAGCUGCAGCUGGUCGCCUACAAAGCUCACGUGGAACCUCUAACAUCUCCGUUAAAGAAAACCAAACUGGACUCUGCUUCUGACAACAUCAUUCAGGAGUAUGUCACACUGAGGACCAAGUACAGCGAGCUGAUGACUCUGACGAGUCAGUACAUAAAGUUCAUCACUGAUACGCAGCGCCGCCUGGAGGAAGAGGAGAAAGCUGCAGAGAAACUCAAAGCUGAAGAGCAGAGAAAAAUGGCCGAGAUGCAGGCUGAGUUAGAAAAGCAGAAGCAGUUAGCCGAAGCUCACGCGAAGGCCAUUACCAAAGCAGAGAAAGAGGCUCAAGAGCUGAAGCUCAGAAUGCAGCAAGAAGUAAGCAGGAGGGAAAUUGCUGCUGUCGAUGCAGAAAAACAAAAGCAGAACGUCCAGCUGGAACUGCAAGAGCUCAAAAACCUCUCCGAGCAGCAGAUCAAGGACAAGAGCCAGCAGGUAGACGACGCUCUCCAAAGCCGGGCCAAGAUUGAGGAGGAAAUCUACCUCAUCAGGAUACAGCUAGAGACAACAUUAAAACAAAAGUCCACAGCAGAAUCUGAACUCCAACAGCUGCGUGACCGAGCAGCUGAAGCUGAGAGACUCCGAAAGACUGCCCAAGAAGAAGCAGAGAAGCUUCGUAAGCAGGUCAGCGAGGAGACUCAGAAGAAGCGCCUCGCAGAGGAGGAGCUGGUUCGUAAAUGUGAGGCAGAAAAGGAAGCCGCGAAGCAAAAGCAAAAAGCUCUGGAGGAUCUGGAAAUGUUGAGGAUGCAGGCCGAAGAAGCAGAAAGGCAAGUGAAGCAGGCGGAGCUCGAAAAGGAGAAACAAAUCAUGGUUGCCCAGGAGGCGGCCCAGAAGAGCGCGGCUGCUGUGCUCCAGAGCAAACACAUAUCAUUUGUGGAAAAGACUUCAAAGCUUGAGGAGUCACUCAAACAAGAGCACGGUGCCGUCCUUCAGCUGCAGCAGGAAGCCGCACGGCUGAAGCGGCAGCAAGAGGAUGCAGAAAAUGCUCGGGAAGAAGCGGAAAAAGAGCUGGAAAAAUGGAGGCAGAAAGCCAACGAGGCCCUCCGUCUGAGACUCCAGGCCGAGGAAGAAGCUCACCAAAAGAGCCUCACUCAGGAGGAGGCCGAGAGACAAAAGGAAGAUGCUGAACGUGAAGCUAAAAAGAGAGCCAAGGCAGAAGAUUCGGCACUGAAGCAGAAGGAAAUGGCUGAGAAAGAGCUCGAGAGGCAGCGGAAGCUGGCUGAGAGCACAGCUCAACAGAAACUCAACGCAGAACAGGAGCUGAUUCGUCUCAGGGCAGAUUUUGACAAUGCAGAACAACAGCGAUCCCUCCUGGAAGACGAACUUUACCGUCUGAAGAAUGAAGUCUUGGCAGCUGAGCAACAAAGAAAACAGCUGGAGGAUGAGCUGGUCAAAGUGAGAAGUGAAAUGGACAUACUCAUCCAGAUGAAGUCCAAAGCGGAGAAGGAGACCAUGUCAUACACUGAGAGGAGCAAACAGUUGCUUGAGGCUGAAGCUGCCAAAAUGAGGGACCUCGCUGAGGAAGCAAGCAAGCUUCGCGCCAUCGCAGAAGAGGCAAAACAUCAUAGACAAGUCGCAGAGGAAGAGGCGGCUCGACAGAGAGGCGAAGCUGAACGGAUCCUCAAAGACAAGCUGGCGGCGAUCAGUGAGGCCACUCGUUUGAAAACGCAGGCUGAGAUCGCUCUCAAGGAGAAAGAGGCAGAAAACGAGCGACUCCGGCGACAGGCUGAAGACGAGGCCUACCAGAGAAAAGCUCUUGAAGACGAGGCCAACCAGCACAAACAGGAGAUUGAGGAAAAGAUAGUGCAGCUCAAGAAGUCUUCUGAAGCUGAGAUGGAGAGACAAAAAGCGAUUGUGGAUGACACUCUGAAACAGAGACGGAUCGUUGAAGAAGAAAUCAGAAUUCUGAAGCUCAACUUUGAAAAGGCGUCUUCAGGAAAGCUUGACCUGGAGCUGGAACUCAACAAACUGAAAAACAUUGCAGAGGAGACCCAAGAAAGCAAACUCAGAGCAGAAGAUGAGGCGGAGAAGCUCAGACAGAUUGUUCUCGAGGAGGAGAAUAGGAGGAGAGAAGCCGAGGAGAAGGUGAAGAAGAUUGCCGCUGCGGCAGAAGAAGCAGCCAGACAGCGCAAAGCAGCACAGGAUGAGGUUGAGCGCCUCAAAAAGAAAGCAGAAGAAGCAAGAAAACAGAAAGACGAUGCUGACAUUGAAGCAGAGAAACAGAUCGUCGCCGCCCAGCAAGCAGCCCUGAAAUGCAGUGCGGCUGAAGAGCAAGUCCAGAGUGUUCUAGCUCAGCAGCAGGAAGACAUCCUCAUGCAGAAGAAGCUGAAGGAAGAGUAUGAGAAGGCCAAAAAGCUCGCCAAGGAGGCAGAGGCAGCGAAGGAGAAGGCGGAAAGAGAGGCGGCUCUUCUCCGUCAACAAGCAGAAGAAGCGGAGCGACAGAAGGCGGCUGCUGAGGAGGAAGCUGCGAAACAAGCCCGAGCUCAGGAGGAUGCUGAGAGGAUCAGGACAGAGGCCGAGUACGAAGCGGCUAAAAGGGCGCAGGCGGAAGCCACGGCGCUCAAGCUGAAGCAACAAGCUGAUGCAGAAAUGGCAAAGCACAAAAAACUGGCAGAGCAAACGUUAAAGCAGAAAUUCCAAGUUGAGCAAGAGCUCACCAAGGUUAAACUCAAGCUUGAUGAAACGGAUAAGCAGAAAUCCAUCCUGGAUGAAGAGCUGCAGCGCCUGAAGGACGAAGUGGAUGACGCAGUUAAACAAAAGGCUCAGGUGGAGGAGGAACUCUUCAAAGUCAGAGUUCAGAUGGAGGAGCUGCUCAAGCUUAAAAUCAGAAUUGAGGAGGAAAAUCAGCGGCUUAUUCGGAAAGAUAAAGACAACACACAGAAAUUCCUUGAAGAGGAGGCCGAGACGAUGAAGAAGCUGGCAGAGGACCCUGCCCGACUUAGCGUGGAGGCCCAAGAGGCUGCUCGGAUGAGACAGAUCGCUGAGGACGACCUGAACCAGCAGAGAGCUCUUGCAGAUAAAAUGCUCAAAGAAAAAAUGCAGGCCAUACAAGAGGCAUCCAGAUUCCGAGCAGAGGCCGAGAUGCUCCAGAGGCAGAAGGACUUGGCUCAGGAACAAGCCCAGAAGCUGCUGGAGGAUAAGCAGCUGAUGCAGCAGCGUCUGGAAGAAGAGACGGAGGGCUACCAGAAGUCGCUCGAGGCAGAGAGGAAAAGGCAAAUGGAGAUCAUCAGCGAGGCGGAAAAACUCCGACUUAAGGUUUUGGAAGUCAGCGAAGCCCAGGCCAAGGCUGAAGAGGAAGCGAAAAAAUUCAAGAAACAAGCGGACACGGUCGCUGCUCGUCUUCACGAGACCGAAAUAGCCACCACGGAAAAAAUCAGCAUAGUGGAAAAAAUGGAAUUGGAUAAACUGUCCUCCAGCAAAGAGGCUGAGGAUUUACGCAAAGCUAUCGCAGACCUAGAGAAGGAGAAGGCUAGACUGAAAAAGGAGGCAGAAGACCUUCAAAAUAAGUCCAAAGAGAUGGUCGAUGCACAGCAGAAGCAAAUUGAGCACGAGAAGACGAUGCUCCAGCAGACAUUCCUGACAGAAAAGGAGAUGCUGUUAAAGAAGGAGAAGCUCAUUGAAGAUGAGAAAAAAAAGUUAGAGAGCCAGUUUGAAGAGGAGGUCAAAAAAGCCAAAGCUCUCCAAGAUGAAAAGGAACGCCAAAGACAACAGAUGGAGGAGGAGAAGAAGAAGCUCCAGGCUACCAUGGAUGCAGCCCUCAACAAACAGAAAGAGGCUGAGAAGGAGAUGAUGAACAAACAAAAAGAGAUGCAAGAGCUGGAGAAGAAGAGACUUGAGCAGGAAAAGCUUCUUGCUGAAGAGAACCAGAAACUGCGUGAAAAGUUGCAUCAACUUGAGGAGCAACACAUGAGAGAAAUCGAUCAGCCUGAUAAAGUUCCGGAGAAAGACGUAAUACACAGGACAGUAGUUGAGAUCACAAAAACUGUUCUGAAUGGCCAAAAUGUAGCAGAUGUGGUGGACACUGUACAGAAACAAGAUCCAUUAGCUUUUGACGGCAUUCGUGAUAAGGUUCCCGCCAGCAGACUUUAUGACGUUGGCCUUUUACCCAAGAAGGAGUUUGAGCAGCUGAAAAAUGGCAAAACUACUGUGGAAGAGCUUGGUGAGACUGAAGAGCUGAGAAUAGUCCUGAAAGGUGAAAAUGGCAUCGCUGGGCUGCUGACGCCAUCCAAUCAAAAAAUAUCAAUCUAUCAAGCAUCAGAGGAAAAGAUGAUUACCCCAGGAACAGCCUUGAUUCUUCUUGAAGCCCAAGCAGCCACAGGUUACAUUCUAGACCCCAUUAAAAACCGAAGGCUGACAGUUAGUGAGGCUGUCAAAGAAGGUGUGAUUGGCCCUGAGCUGCACAACAAGAUGCUUUCAGCUGAAAGGGCUGCAAUUGGGUACAAAGAUCCGUAUACAGGGGGAAAGAUAUCUGCCUUUGAAGCCAUGAAGAAGGGUCUGAUUGAACAUGACCAUGCCACCAGAGUCCUUGAGGCUCAGCUUGCCACCGGUGGCAUUGUUGACCCCAUUAAUAGUCAUCGUGUACCCAUGGAAAUCGCGUACAAGCAGGGGCAGUAUGAUGCAGAAAUGAACAAGAUGCUGCAGAAUCCCUCAGAAGACACGAAGGGAUACUUUGACCCUAGUACUCAAGAACCAUUGACAUAUUCUGAGUUAAUGGAUCGAUGCCCCACUGACCCCGACACUGGUCUGCUGUUCCUGCCAAUUACAGAUAAAGCUGCUCAUUGCUCACGUAUAUACACAGAGGAAGAAACCAAAGAUGUGUUCAACAAAACAACUGUGGAUGUACCAUUUGGACGCUUCAAAGGAAAGACUGUUACAAUCUGGGAAAUAAUCAAUUCUGAGUACUUUACUGAUGACCAGAAGAAGGACCUUCUGCGUCAGUACAAAACAGGCAGAAUCACAAUAGAAAAGAUCAUCAAGAUUGUGAUUACUGUAGCAGAGGACACAGAAAAGAAGAAUGAAAUUACUUUUAAUGGUCUGAGAGCACCUGUCCCUGCCGCUGACCUCUUAGAAUCCAAAAUCAUUGAUAAAGAUCUCUACAACGAUUUGCACAAGGGCAACAAAACGGUGAAAGAAGUUUCUGAAAUGGAACCUGUCCACAAUGCACUUCAGGGUAAAAAUGGCAUUGCAGGGGUAGUUAUUGACUCAUCCCAGGAGACGAUGUCCUUCUACCAAGCUAUGAAAAAGGACAUGAUGAGAGCAGGACCUGCUUUGAAUAUGCUUGAAGCCCAAGCAGGAACAGGAUAUGUGAUAGACCCUGUAAAUAAUCAAAAAUAUACUGUUGAUGAAGCUGUCAAGGCAGGUGUUGUUGGCCCCGAGUUGCAUGAAAGACUUCUUUCUGCAGAGAGAGCCAUCACCGGUUACAAGGACCCUUACACUGGAAAAACUGUAUCUCUAUUUCAAGCCAUGAAAAAAGAUCUAAUCCCAAAAGAACAAGGAAUCCGUCUGCUCGAUGCUCAAGUCACCACUGGCGGUAUCAUUGAUCCAGUAAAAAGCCAUCGCAUUCCACAUGAUGUCGCCUGCAAGAGAAACUAUUUUGAUGAUGACAUGAAAGAGAUUCUGACCAAUCCCACUGACAAAACUAAGUGUUUCUCUGAUCCCAACACACAGGAAAAUGUUACCUAUUCAGAGCUCUUCAAGCGAUGUGUCACUGAUGAGAAAACAGGCCUCCAACUGCUACCUCUCUCUGAGCGGGCAGUUAGUGUCAAAGAACAGCCAACGUACACAGAGGCCCAGACAAAAGAUGUUAUGACGCAGUCAACUGUGGAACUUGAAUCUGGACCAUUUAAGGGGAAGAAGAUGACUAUCUGGGAGCUAAUCAACUCUGAAUAUCUCACUGAGGAUCAAAAGCUAGACCUCAUCAGGCAGUACAGGUUAGGGAAGAUUACAAUUGAAAAGAUAAUCAAGAUUGUUAUCAAAAUUGUAGAUGAGAAAGAAACCAAGAAACUUGAAGAGUCCGGUUUCAAGGGUCUCAGGGCUCCUGUCCCGGCUAGCUCUCUGUAUGAUUCCAAAAUCAUUGAUAAACCAACGUUUGACCUCCUGCAAGAAGGUACAAUGACACAGAAGCAAGUCAGUGAGAAUCCCGAUGUCAAUAAAUACCUCCAAGGCUCUGACAGCAUUGCUGGUCUCUACCUGGAGCCAACAAACGAAAAAGUAAGCAUUUAUCAUGCCAUGAAGAAACAACUUCUGAGGCACAAUACAGGCCUUGCACUCCUCGAGGCCCAGGCUGCCACUGGGUUCAUUGUAGAUCCAGUGAGGAACCAGUGCCUGUCUGUAGAUGAAGCGGUAAAAGCAGGCGUUGUUGGCCCUGAGCUCCAUGAAAAACUGCUCUCUUCAGAAAAGGCAGUCACUGGUUACAAAGAUCCAUUCACAGGCAACAAAAUCUCUGUUUUUGAAGCAAUGCAAAAAGACCUCAUUCUGAAAGAGCAUGCCAUGCCACUGUUGGAAGCCCAGCUGGUUAGUGGAGGAAUCAUUGACCCCGUGAACAGCCAUCGUGUCCCGAUUGAUGUUGCGUAUGAAAAGAAUAUUUUAAGUAAAGAAAUUGCCAAUGUCCUAUCCGAGCCAACAGAUGAUACCAGAGCUUUCUCUGACCCAGAAACGGACGAGAGUGUAACCUACAGACAGCUUAAAGACAAGUGCUAUAAAGAUCCAGAGACAGGCCUGUGCAUUCUUCCACUCUCUAAGCCACAGUCGCCAACUGUCGUGGAAAAGACGUAUCUCUACACAGAGGAGAAAACCCAAAGUGACCUAGCCAACACCGAAAUUGACAUUCCAAUCGAGGGUCUUGCUGAGAAGCCAAUGAACCUGUGGGAUGUCAUGAACUCAAAUUUGCUUCCCGAGAAGGAAAGGCAGAAACUGAUCGACGAUUAUCGUUCUGGCAAAAUCACUAAAGAGCGCAUGAUCAUCAUUAUCAUCGAGAUAAUGGAGCAGAGAGAAAUCAUCAUAAAUCAAAGUCCGAUGACCUGCAAGACGAUAAGGAGAAGGAUAACCAUCGAGGAGCUCUACAAUGCACGCAUCAUUGAUUUGGAGACGUACAACCUGCUGAAAGAGGGCAAGAGGAACAUCCUUGACAUCAUGGAGAUGAGCAGUGUGAAACAGUAUCUCUACGGCACAGGUUGUGUUGCUGGGGUCACAACUGACUCCACCUCAAAGAUGAGCAUUUAUCAAGCAAUGAAGAGAGGUUUUUUGAAACCAGAAGUAGCCCUCACCCUCCUGGAAGCACAAGCUGCGACAGGUUUCAUUGUCGAUCCUGUCAAAAAUGAGACGCUCACUGUUGAUGAGGCUGUUCGCAAGGGCGUGGUGGGCCCUGAGAUCCACGACAAACUUCUUUCAGCUGAAAGAGCAGUAACGGGAUACAAAGAUCCGUACAGUGGGAAGGUCAUAUCUCUUUUCCAGGCAAUGAAAAAAGAUCUUGUUCCAGAGGAUUAUGCCCUUAAAAUGCUAGAGGCGCAAACUGCAACUGGGGGUAUUAUUGACCCUGAAUUCCAGUUUCAUCUUCCGUCAGACAUCGCUAUGCAGAGAGGUUAUAUCAACAAGGAAACCAAUGAGAAACUGACUGAUGAAGUUAAAGGUUUCGUUGACCCUGUGACUGAAGAGAAGCUCUCAUAUGCAGACUUACUCAAGAGAUGCAAGUUAGAUGGUGGAUUGCAUCUUCUCUCACUGGGAGAUAAGAGGCUAAUGUUUAAGGGUCUGAGGAAGCAGAUCACAAUGGAGGAGUUACUCCGCUCACAAAUUAUUGACCAGCAGACUGUCACGCAACUGAAUCAAGGUCUCAUUUCAGUGGAGGAGGUCACUGAUAAGCUAUCAAGGUACCUUGAGGGGACAAGUUGCAUUGCUGGGGUGUAUUUAGAUACCUCAAAGGAGCGGCUCUCCAUUUAUCAGGCCAUGAAGAAAAAUAUGAUUAGGCCAGGCACUGCUUUUGAACUUCUUGAAGCACAGGCGGCCACAGGAUAUGUCAUCGAUCCGAUCAAAAACCUCAAACUGACUGUGAAUGAAGCAGUGAAAAUGGGAAUAGUGGGACCAGAAUUCAAAGACAAGCUCCUCUCUGCUGAACGUGCAGUGACGGGAUAUAGAGAUCCUUAUUCGGGCAAGACGAUCUCUCUGUUCCAAGCCAUGAAAAAAGGACUCAUCUUGAAAGAUCAUGGUAUUCGUCUCUUGGAAGCUCAGAUUGCCACUGGUGGGAUUAUUGACCCAGAGGAAAGUCACCGUCUGCCUGUUGAAGUUGCCUAUAAACGUGGUUUCUUUGAUGAGGAAAUGAAUGAGAUUCUGACUGAUCCAUCAGAUGACACCAAAGGUUUCUUUGAUCCCAACACUGAGGAGAAUCUAACUUACCUUCAACUCAUGGAGAGGUGCAUCACUGAUCCAGACACUGGCCUUGUACUCCUGCUGCUGAGAGAGAAGAAGCGAGAAAGGACAACAUCUUCCAAAUCUUCAGUUCGUAAACGCAGAGUUGUGAUUGUGGAUCCAGACACGGGCAAAGAAAUGACUGUGUAUGAGGCCUACAGGAAGGGACUGAUUGACCACCAGACAUACCUGGAGCUUGCAGAGCAUGAGUGCGAAUGGGAAGAGAUAACCAUGACAUCCUCUGACGGUGCCGUCAAAUCAUUGAUCAUUGACAGGAGGUCCGGGCGGCAGUACGAUGUUGAUGAUGCUCUUACUCGUGGACUAAUUGACCAAAAUUCACUUGACACCUAUAGAACUGGAAACUUGUCCAUCACUGAAUUUGCUGACAUGCUUUCGGGAAGCAUGGGAGACUUACGUUCUCGCUCAUCAUCCUUUGGUUCCACCACUGGUUCCACAUCCUCCUAUCCUAUGAGCCCUAUACCUUCCAUUAAAGCACCUGCAAUCAUUUGGAAUGACCCAGCAGAGGAGACUGUCCCCAUAGCUGGAAUAUUGGACACAGAUACUCUGGAGAAGGUGUCUGUCACUGAAGCCAUACACAGAAACCUAUUGGACAACAUCUCUGGCCAAAGAUUGUUGGAGGCCCAGGCCUGCACAGGAGGAAUAAUUGAUCCUGCAACCGGAGAAAGAUUCUCCGUCACUGAAGCUACCGAAAAAGGUCUAGUCGACAAAAUCAUGGUGGAUCGCCUCAACUUGGCUCAGAAAGCAUUCAGUGGAUUUGAAGAUCCCAGAACUAAAGUAAAGAUGUCUGCUUCCCAGGCUCUGAAGAAGGGUUGGCUGUAUUAUGAGGCAGGGCAACGUUUUCUUGAGGUCCAAUAUCUGACUGGUGGACUUAUUGAGCCUGAUGUUACUGGCAGAGUGUCACUUGACGAAUCCAUCAAGAAGGGCACAAUUGAUGCUCGCACUGCUCAGAAACUGAGAGAUGUUGGUGGCUAUUCUAAAUAUCUAACAUGUCCAAAAACCAAACUGAAAAUCUCCUUCAAAGAUGCCAUGGACCGAAGUAUGACAGAGGAAGGAACCGGUCUAAGACUCCUGGAGGCCUCUUCUCAAUCCAGCAAAGGCCUGUACAGUCCAUACAACGUCAGCGGGUCUGGAUCUGCCUACGGCUCCCGGAGCGGCUCCAGAUCGGGUUCCCGGAGAGGCAGCUUUGAUGCCGGCCUUGGUUUCACCACGAACCUGUCUAGCUCCACCUUCACAUCCUCGUCCACCAGCUACUCCCGUAGAUACUGAUCACCUACAGUCACCACAAGAGGAUCUGAUAUUUUGAUCCAGUUUUUCCACAUACAACUAAAUCUGUAUAAGGAGAUCGGGGCUCAGGCAGCCUUCAACCUGCGAGGCGAGCACGUUUACCGUUUGUGCCGCUGUGCUCGACUGGGUUUAACGGAUGAACUUCUGAGUAAAAGUAACGGGACGCUCACCUCCCAGAAUUCAUCACCCUGCGACCUUGACGAUUCUAAUCUGGCGGGUUUCCUGCCAGCUCUUUGGCCUUCAUCGGAAGCUGGAGAUGAGGAUAAAACAGUGGCUCUGACCGGAUCUCCCACCUCACAGGAUCAGAGAUAUGGGAGUGACGUGGAGGAUUUGAGCCUAUGGCAGUGGGAGUUCAGAGGUCAAAUCAGAGCGCUGAGACAGUGGCUGAAGAAGAUGGAGACGAGGCUGCUGGUGACGGACACGAGGGGUAAGUUGGAGCUCAAACCGCCAAAACCGCCACCAACUGAGGACGGGAAGUUUGCAGGCAAAGAAAAUGAUGGAGCAGGAGGAGAGAAGAAAAGCACUCAGAGAGGUCCCAUCAUCCGGCCCAGCUGCCUGGGCCAGAAGUCCAAACAUGUGCGGACAGACGAGGCUUUCCUGAAGGAGUGCUACCAACGAAGGAGACAAUGGGCACCCCCGGAGCAACAUGGCGAGGCCAAAAAACUGGAAGCGAUGAAAGAUCAAGGCAGGGAGGAUGUGAACAAGGAGACACACACAGAGACAGACAAUGGAGGCCAUGAAACCAAUCAUAAAAGGGAGGAGGAGGUUCAUACACCCGUCUCAGACAAACUGCUUUGCAGCUCCCCGGCCUCCACCAUCAGGAGCUCCAGCACUCUGGAUAAUGCUUGGCACAGUAGUCCUUCACCAAUAAAAACAUCCCGAAAUGGGACACUGACACGGAGAAUAGUGCCUCCGGAGUUUUCCAGAUCCCCUUUGGCUCAACCUGACAAGAGGUCCAGCCUCCAGAAGAGGGACUCCAGAGAAGGAAGCCCCUGGUCCUGGAAGACCGUAGCCUCACGUGAGGUGACAGAGGUGACGGAGGUGACGGAGACAAUUGUCACUGAAAUUGUGGAAGUGACUGAGUAUCCGUCUGGAGAUAAAGGAGGAGACCCCAUAGUCACCAGAACUGUCAGGGUCCUGAAUGGAGUCGCAGACGAACUUGCAGAGCUCCAGAGUGAUGGACACUCAAGUCAGACCAGGAUUCCAGUCUGGAAAGAUGGACGAAUUCCAGGAGUGCGGUCCCCCUUAGCACUGAAGGACGCAUCUACGGAUUCUGAGACGUUUCUCCCGAACCUGGAGGCGUUGCUCACGUGGGUCUGUGAGAUCGAAGAACUCAUGCUCAGUCUGAAACCGGCAUCCUCUGAAGUCAAAGUGGUGAAAGCGCAACUCCAAGAACAAAAGCUCCUGCAGCGCCUCCUAGCGGACCGACGGCGUAGCAUGGACACUGUGAUGUUGGAAGGCCCUCAUCUGGUGGAAGCCCACCCGGGAGAAGAAUGGGAGCAGGCAAAGGUCAAACUGUCCGCUCUCACAGAGAAGUGGGGGGCGUUACUGCUGGAGGAGGAGCAAAGGAGAGCGGGUCUGGAGCGGGUCCUGCCUCGGGCCCAGAUCUUCCAGGAAGGAGUGGACGGGAUGCAGCAGUGGCUGAUGUCUGUGGAACAGGAAGUGGCUGAGCUCCGGAACGCGGAGAGAGCGAUGCUUCACCUGUCAGAGGCCACAGAUCGAGCCAAGGUUGUCGUUGACGAAAUUAAAAUCAAAUCUGCUGAAUUGGCAAAAGUCCAGCAGUCAGGUCACGACCUGAUGGAAGCCAUUUCAGAGGAGGAGGCCCAGCAGGUGCAGGAGAAGAUGGAUGCUCUGCGUAGCCGUUGCUCUGUUCUGAGUCUGAGCAGUCUGGACGUGCUGCAGAGGCUGGAGCAGGCCCUGGAGGCCUCCAGCCGCUGCACGUCCAGCCAGGAGGACCUCCACCUGUGGCUGGGCCGCAUAGAGAGGGAGCUGCUGGGGGCAGCAGGAGCUCAGACACAAGCUGGAGAUGCAGGACUGUGUACAGCUGAGAGACAGCGGCUGGAUGAGGCUGUGGUAAAGGAGAUGGCCUGGUUCAGAGAAACGGCUCUGAACCUUGAAAAGCUGAAAACCGUCGAUCUGAACACACGGCUCAUAUCGGAACACUCUACGAACAGAAGAUUUUGGCCGUUGAGAUCUCCAGCCAGGUUCAACAUUGAGAAAAUGGUGAAGAUUGCUGAGAUCUUGCGACAUAUAGUGAUGACGGUGAAAUCAUGUGACCUGCGAGGUCUAAGGGAGUCUGUAGCUGAGCACAGACCUCUGAUUGCACGUUUGUGCUCUCUGGCCAAACGGCUGUCAGAACUAAACCCCAUUCAGGGGGAUGAGUUCCGCCACAAGGCUGCAGAGGCUGAGGAGCAGCAUAGAGUCAUCAGAGACCGGGUCAGGGAGACCGCCAAACUACUCGAGGAGUCCUUGCCUCGAUUCACACAGCUGAAUGACAGGAUAACUCUUAUAAGAGAGAGUCUUGAGCAUCUCCAGAGCCGCAUACAGAGUCCCGCAUCCCUGCCAGGCCUCACGCCGAGAAUCCAGGAGCAGCUGCAAGACAACAAGCAAAGUCUGUCCGAGUUAUCCAAGCUGGAGCUGAGCCUCAGCAGUGUGAAGACACAGGCAGAGGAGCUGCUGGCUAACAUGCAGGCAGCAGGUGAUGGAUCCAUCAGCACAGCAAUCCAAGACCAAGUGUCCAGCCUGUCCCAACUGUGGGACACGACACACACUCAGGCUCAGGAGAGGGACGUCUGGCUGCUCAGUCUGCUGGAUGUUGCCUUGAAGUUCUGGAGUGACGUCAGCGACGUCACAGCUGCACUCAGUGAGGCUCAUCAAGCGGUUCUGGAUCUCAACGGUAGUCAGAUGGACUCUGAAACAAUCCGCCAAAGCCUUGAGACCAUGCAGACUCUCAGGGAGGACAUUGACGGCUUACAGGGAGAUCUGGACAUGCUCGGUGUUCUGGGAAUGGAUCUUAUGUCAGCAUGUGGCGAUACUGACAAACCGGAUGUCACAAAGAGCUUGGAUGAGCUCUAUUGUUCUUGGAACAACUUGAGCAAACUCUGGAAUGACUGUAACAGAAAGUUGGAGAUGUCCUUGCAGGCAGCGCUGCACUAUCAGGACACGAUGCAGGGUCUUUUUGAGUGGUUGAACUCGGCUGAGUUGAGGUCUACAGAAGAGUUUGUUUUAGGAACUGAUCUGGAAUCAGUCAGAGAGCAGCUGUGUGAUCUCAAGGAGUUUAAGCGAGAACUUUACCAGAAGAAAAUCGAGAUCGAGAGUCUGAACCAUCACUUUGUGUGCCGGCUGUCGUCAGGCUCGGAGCGUCCUGGAUCCGUGUCUCUGCUGUGUGACUUCAGACAGCGUUGGGACAACCUGGAGUCAGAGACGGUCAGCAGACAGCAUCAGCUGGAAUGUGCCCUGCUGGGUCUGGGUCAGUUUCAGAACACACUGGAUGAGCUGCACACGUGGCUGUCCCGGACCGCUGAACAACUGCAAGGCAGUCAGCCAAUAAGCAUCGACCUCCAGGCCUGUGAAAUUGAACUGGCCAAACAUAAGGUGUUGCGUAAUGACGUCAUGUCCCACGUUCGCACAGUAGAGUCGCUGAACCAGGCAGGCAGGGCGCUGCUGGAGGUUGGGUCUGGCGACAGUCCUCACGGUCUACAGGCUCGGCUGGAGACCCUCAACGAGAGCUGGGAGUUCGUCCGCUGUGAGACCGAACGCAGGCAGCUGGAACUGGAGAACAGAGUCAGUCAGGUACAAGAUGUGACAAUGGAGAUUCAGGAUCUUCUGCAAUACCUGGAGAACACUGACCUGAGACUGUCCUCCUCCAAAACCAUGUGGGGGAUGCCGGACUCUGCCAGCGAAAGGCUCAGUGCUCACUUGGAGCUGUGUAAUGAGCUGGAGACAAAGCUCCAUGACUACUCCAACGUGAAGAAUGCCAUUCACAGAAUGCUGGACAGCAGCAGUGUCGUCCAGGGAUCGAACACUGAACACAGUCUGUCUGUUCUUGACCAGAAAUGGGUGUCUGUGUACAGCAAAGUCCAGGCGAGAAAGGCAAAGCUAACAGAAGGUCUGAAUCUGGCCAAAGAGUUCCACAGCAACGUUCAAGAACUGCUCACCAAGAUGUCCAAGUGUGAAGACUCCAUUCGACUUCUUGCUGCCCCGAGCUUUAUCCUGGACACAGUUUGCACUCAGCUGGAGGAUCACAGAACUCUAGUGAGCGAGGUGACUGAAUAUGGUGAGAAGAAGCUCCUGGUAGAGAACAUGGGCUUGAGACUGACUGAACUGAGCAGGAAGGAGGACUGCGAUGUGAUCCAGAACCUCAUCAUGACCGUCCAAGAUCGCUACAAAAAGCUCCAGCAGCGUGUUUCAGAAAGAGGUCGCACGCUAGAGGAGGUCAAAAAGAAUUCCAAACAGUUCAUUGAAUCUUGGCGCCUGCUAGUGGACUGGAUGUCCGAAGUCGAACAAACAUUAGAUACUCAUAAGGAGAUUGCCGUGUCCCAUGAAGAGAUAAAGCAACAGCUGGCUGAGCAGAAGGAGUUCCAGAAGCUGCUGAGGUCAAAGAGGCCCAUGUAUGAGGCCUUGCUGAAGAGCGGUCGCAGCCUCCAUGAACGAGCUCAAAGCAGCCAUGACCGUCAACAUGUGGAGAAUCUCCUGGCUGAGCUCAAAGACACAUGGGACACCAUCGGUGGGAAAUCUAUGGAGAGGCAACACAAACUGGAGGAGGCGCUGCUGUUCUCUGGAAGAUUCACUGACGCGCUGCACGCGCUGAACGAUUGGCUGUACAGAGCCGAACCCCAGCUAGCCGAGGACGUGCCUGUCGGUGGAGACAAAGAUUUGGUCAACAACUUGAUAGACAAACACAAGGCCUUCCAGAAGGAGUUGGGGAAGCGUGCCGGCUGCAUCAGGACACUGAAGCGCUCCGUGAGGGAUCUGACCAGGAGCAGCACGGCUGAUGCUCACUGGCUGCAGGAGCAGAUGGAUGAACUGGAGAGCCGCUGGGACGGCGUGUGCAAGCUGUCAGUCAACAAACAGGACCGGCUGGAGACGGCGCUGCAGCAGGCUGAGAGGUUUGACGGCCUGGUCCACUGUUUCAUGGAGCGCCUCACUGAGGUAGAGCGGACACUGAAAUACGGGGUCAUGCCUGAGGAGGAGGAAGCCUUACGUUCCUUCUGCAAACAGCACGAGGAGUCCGUGAGCGGUUUGCAGGCUCAGGCGGCCGAGCUGGAGAAGAUCCAGUGUCUGGGAGAGGAGAUCCUCUCUUCCUGUCACCCAGACUCCAUAAUCACACUCAAAUCUUGGAUCAGCGUCACGAAAAUCCGAUACGAGGAGGUUCAGGUCUGGGCCCUGCAGCAGGGCCAGAGGAUCCACGUCAAUUUGGCAGCACUGGAGGCGGAGAAAGAGGAGGUGCAGAAGCUUCUGGACUGGAUCUCCACAGCAGAGGAGGCCCUCAGCCUCAGGGACCAGGAGCCACUGCCUGGGACCACAGAGCAGAGCCGGGAACUCAUUGAACAGCACACAAUCUUCUUGGAGGAGCUGAAUAAAAAGUUACCAGAAGUUGAACACGCUACAAAAUCCUGCAAGCAAAAAAUAAUUACUAAACAGCAGAUUUCUCCCAGCAAAAGGCCGCUCACAAAGAGGAGGAGCACCCUGAAGAUCCAGCCGGCUGCACCGCUUCCCCUGGAGCACCUCGACCCCCAAACGCCACAGCUCAGCCAGCUGAUCAGCCACUGGCAGAAACUUUGGCUCCUGGCUGCAGCAAGACAAAACCGUCUGGAACAACACCAGCAAACACUGCGAGAGAUGGAAGAAUUUGCCAACUUUGACUUCAAUAUCUGGCGUAAGCGUUACAUUCAGUGGAUCAGUCACUUGAAGUCUCGGAUCUUGGACGUGUUCCGGAGCAUUGACCGGGAUCAGGACGGACGUAUCAGCCAGAGAGAGUUCAUCGACUAUGUGCUUGCUUCAAAAUUUCCCACCAACCCUCUGGAGAUGAAUGCGGUUGCAAACAUCUUUGACGUCAACAGCGAUGGCUUCAUCGACUAUUACGAGUUUGUGAGCGCGCUCCAUCCAAGCAGAGAUCCCUACAGGAAAACCCUGGAUGCAGACCAAAUCAGAGAGGAGGUGAGUCGACAGGUGUCUCAGUGUAACUGUCCCAAGAGGUUCCAGGUGGAACAAAUAAGUGCCAACAGAUACCGAUUUGGAGAUUCCCAGCAGCUCCGGAUGGUUCGGAUCCUUCGUAGCACGCUGAUGGUCAGGGUUGGAGGAGGUUGGACUGCGUUGGAUGAAUUCCUAGUCAAGAAUGACCCUUGUAGAGUGAAAGGACGAACCAACUUGAAGAUCAAGGAGAAGUAUUUGUCCCCCGCAGGAAGCUCGUCUAAGGGUUUGACUAUAAGCAGGUCCAACUCCAGCCUGAGCCUGUACAGCAGCGCCUCGGCCCCCACCAGUCCCAUGACACGCAAGGCGUUACUCCGCAGGAGUCUCUCAGGUGACCGUUGCAUCCGUCCCAGGAGUUCCAUUGCUGCUUUGGGAUCUGAGCUUCAGUUCGCGGCGGCUGCAGGGGAGGAUAACUCGCCUUCACCAUCAGGUCAGAAAAUGCCUUCAGACGAGGCUGAGAAGUUGCCGACAUGAUGACCUCUGAGCACUGUAUCCGCGCUGCAGGGCUGAACCCAAACACGGCCUGUGGGCCCCAAAACAAGGCAACCGUCAGGAGAGCGACAGAUAGCGAUAGUCAGCUUGGAAAAACAGACACCGAAGGUCAAGUCCAGUGAACAUUGGCAGAUUUAACAUGAAAA